AUGACAAUCUCCUCGCGUCCUUCUGUUAUCCUUGCCCAAGGCCAGGUGGUGGGUAUUCAAUUCACGGAUACAUUCCCCCAAGCCAUCGAUGCCUUUUUGGGGGUUCCUUAUGCCCUUCCACCAGUCGGGGAUAGACGAUUCAAGCCCGCAGAGAAAGUUUCAGCCUCUGCAAAGACCAUCGAUGGCUCUAAAUAUGGCCCCAUGGCCCCAGGCAAAGCAUUGCUCUCAGGCGGACCGAGGCUCGACCAAAGCGAGGAUUGCCUGACCGCGAACAUCUUUCGACCGGCUGGAAUCACAGAGAUGGACAGGCUUCCUGUAGCGCUCUAUAUACAUGGAGGUGCUUUCAAUCGAGGAGCAGCGGCUAUGCACAACACCGGGUCCAUGGUCGCUUGGUCUGAGUCGCCCUUCAUCGGCGUGAGCUUCGGGUACCGAGUGGGAGCUCUGGGAUUCUUGCCUUCGAGCCUGUCCAAGAAAGAGGGUGUCCUAAAUCUGGGUCUGCGCGACCAAGUUCAUUUAUUUGAAUGGGUACAAGAAAAUAUUGGUAAAUUCGGAGGCGAUCCUGGCAAUGUCACCCUGUUUGGCCUGUCGGCUGCGCACGCCCCCGUUGUUUCAUCGCCUCAUUCUGGAAUCGGGAUCGCCAACCUCCCGAGCGGUUCGGCCUACAAUGCGCAAAUCCACGAGGAGCAGUUUCAAGACUUUCUCCAAGAGACAGGCUGCCCUAAAGAUCUCCCUGAGUCCGAGGUAUUCCAAUUCCUGCGAUCACUUCCUAGUUCGACUGUCACAAAGGCUCAAACAGCCGUGUUUGACAAAUACAACCCCUCUCUUCGGUGGGCUUUCCAACCAGUCAUUGAUGAAGAUAUCCUCUCCCGCAAACCUCUAGAUGCUUGGAAGUCCGAGCUAUGGAACAAGGUACCCAUUAUGACCGGCUUCAAUAGCAACGAAGGAACAUUCUACGUGGACAAGAAGAUGUCCAGGCCUGCCCAGUUCCGCGAAUUUUGGCAAAAUCUUCUUCCCGAACUGACGUCUGCCGAUCUGGAUACAAUUGAUCGACUAUAUCCUGAUCCUAGGUCUGAUCCUACUUCCCCGUACGUCGAAACAAGAAAAGGAGAGGGCUUAGGUCCUCAGUACAAACGUAUUGAGGCUGCAUACGGGCACUAUGCCUAUGUUGCUCCAGUCCGCCAGACAGUUCAAUUUGCCGCAUCUCAAGGCACGCCAGCUUACCUCUAUCAUUGGGCUUUGCCUAGGACUAUUGUCGGCCGAGCGAAUCAUGGAGACAAUAUGUACUAUGAGACAUACAAUAGCGAUAUCACGGGCAUCUCGGAGUCACAAAAAGAGCUUUCGGGGACACUGCAUGCCUACAUUACUAGCUUCAUUACUACAGGUGAUCCGAAUGCCACCUUGGGCCGCUAUGGUCAAAGGCCUAAGUGGGAGGCUUUUGUCCCGGAUGAUGCCCGAGUAAUGAUCUUCGGUCAAGACAACGAAGAGCUGAUCGGAGGUAGUACCACUCCAGCUGCUAAAUUUGUGAAAGAUGACUGGGCCAGAGAAGAGACAGAGUUCUGGUGGUCCAAGGUUCCCAUUUCCCAGCUUGCCUAA